GUCCGUCACCGCGGGGCCGUGUUCGCCGCGUCCAAUUUAUUUACCGCUUCGAAUCGCGCGAUCUACGCGUGUCUUAGAAAUAUCUUUCCGAUAUCGAAUUUUUCACGCGAUUCUAUCGACGCUUUGGUCGUCACGUUGGUUUCCACGAAGGUGACAGUUUUAUUCGAGAUAAAUUGAUUUUCAUAUUGGAUCGAAGACGUUAAUUCCGUACACAAGUAUAAUUAAUAUACCGAUUCCGUGAACUGUUAAUUGAAAUAUUUAAUAUUCGAAGGAUUCUUCAGAACAUAAGAUGGAUUGAUGCGUUUCGAAAUCGAAAUUUUAUCCGAGAAUAUAAAAUAUAAACACGGAGUACUUGAAACAUCCGUGAAGGCCAUUACUCUACAAAAUCUCUCGCGGAGCUAAUGUUCUGUGAAGUUGAAAAUUCCUUGGAUCGAUGUGUUCUUUGAAAUUCCUUGCAUUUCUAUUUUGCGAAAACUAUUCGCAGUUUAGUUAGCCGUGAUACGAAAUAUUUCGCAUAAUUUUACGAAGUUAAAAAUUCUACAGUGUCGGUAUCCCUCGAAACAAAUUCCAUCGAGCUGUUGUUCCGUACAGUUGGAAUUCAAUGCAGUUGGUGAUCCAAAAAAUUAACAUCCUGUUAGAUCAUCGGCCAACCGUGCACGCGUGCUCGAAUCGAAAGUUAAAAAAUAAACUCGUUUUGAUAUAACAUUCUUUUUAAAAAAAAACACGUAGAUAUUUCAUUCUUCGCGAUGGAAUAAAAAGACAAUAAAAUUAGCAAUAAAAGUAAGAGAUAUUUAAUAAUGGCCGAUGAAUAAAAUCAUUGUUGAUGUCGAAGCGUGUUAAAAAUUCAAUCGUGACAACGAUGACCGCGCAAAAGUACAAAAUCAAACGGAUUUCUUCGUUGAUACCGCGCUUUACUUUUUGCUUUGUGAAAAUGUCCCGAAAAUGUUUCAACCGUAUCGAAGACACGGGUUAAUUACGGCUCGAAAAAGAACGAAGUCUUUUGUAUAGUUUGGAGGUGAGCACAGGUAGACCGUUACCUUAGCAUCAACGCAGCUUUGCAACAACGUAACGAUGCCCGUUCUCUUAUAAUGAUACACAUAGAUACCAUACGAGAUCGAAAUGGGUGGAAUUUAACACAAAAGCAGUAUGGCCUGAAUAACGAGUCUUAUCGUAAUGCACUACAAGCUUUCAUAGAUCGAAGACGAUCUUCCAACGACGUGGAGAUUGAGACAUCGAACAGUCCUGAUAAAUUAAGAGCCGAUCUUUCAUCGAAAAAUAAUAACAAUAAAUGCGAUAAUAAAUGGAAAUCACAAGAAUUGAAAUCAAUUAUACCAGGUGUACCACAUAUAGCAGCUCCUGAAAUUUUUGAAAUUGGAUGGAUAGCCGGCACAGAAGAUCGAUAUCUAGAAUUAAUUUUUGCCGAAUGGCAAAAUACUCGAGUUUCACUGAAGAGGCAUUCACAUCCGGAAUGCAAAGAUGCUGUGAAAGCAGAUUUAGAUAUACUUUCAGAAAUUCGACACCCUAACGUGCUAUUGUUAAUGGCCACCACCUUUACUGACGAUCAUGGUUUAGUCUCUAUUUUUGAAUCUGUCGAUUGUACCCUUUAUCAUUAUAUGCACGAUCAGGGUGAACGAAUAUCCAUGCAAGGUAUUGCAAAAUGCGGGGGAAGACUAUCCGAUGCUUUAAGACAUUCUCAUAUGCGCGGCUAUGUGCAUACUGCCAUCAGUUCGCAUUGCGUCUAUCUGGCUUCUAAUGGUAUCAUAAAACUAGGUGGAUGGGAACUGGCCAUGCAUAUCAACAAUCCAAAACCAAAGAGAGAAUACGAGGAACGUUUACGUGCCGAAGUUUUCCGCUGGCAAGCGCCAGAACUUUUUCAUGGUUACGAACCAUAUAAGGAGAGCGAUGUCUAUGGAUUGGCUUUAUUAAUUUGGGAAAUGUGUACAAUGCAUGUACCGUGGAAUGGAUAUAAUAAGGCAGAUGUUGAAAGACAAUAUGUACAUUGGAAACGUGGUGUUAUUAUGGAUUUGUAUAAUUUUCCACCGUUAUUAUAUAAUUUACUAGAAGCUGGAUUGCAGUUAGAUGUUAAUAAAAGGACAUUGGAUAUGAAUAGAAUGCGUAGAUUUCUUCAAAAGUUAGAGCUGCAAUACGAGAAUGUAGAACCCGUAUAUAUCGAUCAGUAUAUGAAUAAUAAUAAUGAGAUCUUACAAAAAACUUACAUCUUGCAAAAGAAAUCUCCUAUUUCAAAAAAUAAGAAUUCGAAAUUAUUCAGAAGCCUCUCGACCAAACAAUUAUCUUAUUCCUCGAAAAAUGCGGACUCUCCGUCGAAACAACAUUUGCAUUUAAAAAAGUCAAUGUCCAAACAAACUCUAAACCAAGAAUCUCACGAUGAAGAAAUGGAUUUUUUUGCUGACGAUAUUAAAGGCAACGCAAGAAACGAUAUAAAAAAAAAUACAAAUAUUUUCAACAAUUUACAUAAUAAUUGUAAAAAAAUUGACUAUCCGACUUAUACUAAAAAAAUACCGGAUAUCAUUCAAAAUGAAGAAGAAUCUGCAAAGGAAAUCUUACAACCAUGGAACAGUACAUACAAAAAAGUCAAAGCACCACAGGAAAUAGCAGAAUCAAGAACAACAUCUAUGUAUUCAUCGCCAUUAUUAGAAUCCACGGAUGAUGAGUCCUUCAAAGACGCAAGAACUAAUUUGAAACAAUUAAAAAAAGUAUUAGCGAGCAAAAGGGAACAUUUUUUCUAUGGUAGUGAUUCAUCACCUAUAUCUACAGAUAUAAGUCCAACCAUUAGAGAUAAGAUAUUCACCGAAAUAAAAAGCAAGGAUUACGAACCACAUAAACCAGCUAGUCAUAGAACUAGUAUAGAGCCAAAAUGCAAUAAGUCUCCCAAUCAAUAUGAUUCGUCUUAUUUAAAAUCAACAUUUCAAUCAUAUCGUAAGAUUCCCUAUUUACAUACGCCUGAAAACAUUAAAGAUGCAAUAAUACAACCACAAGUAUUAAAUUCCGAUCCUCAAAGCUUUUUCGAAACUUCUUUGUGGAGAAAAGAGAAAUUAAUUUGUUUAUCCAAAAUGAGAAGAAUUUGUGCUGAUGAAUCCCCGCGCUAUCUUGCACAACAGACAGAUGAAAGCGAUACUGUCUCUGUUGAAACGGUGACCAAAAAUCAAACGACAGAAUCGAUAUCUAUUAAUAGCGAUAAUACUUAUGUCAUAAAAAGUAAAAUGGAAGCAACUGAGACAGAAACCAGCCAGGAAGGACUUACACAAAUAUCAGAAAAUAUAAAUAAUUCUAUAACACCUAAUCAAAGUGAACCUUUGCAAAUCUUAAAAGACGCUUUAGACAGAGCUACAAAAAUUGUUCGUUCUAUUACACCAAAUACAAACGAAUUAUGUCAAUCUCCUACAUUUAGAUCCUACCAAGAUUUUGAAGUAACAGGAGACAAUAAUCAAGAUAAUAAAUAUAUUUUCGAAAAUCUAUAUGACUUACAAGUUAACGACGACAAUGAAGAAAUUAAAAAUAUUGAACGAUCAAUAACGAAAAAUAAAACAUUUUCGUUUAAUGAAUCUAAUAUAGAUAACGCAAUAACUAACGAUGAAACAGAAAAAAAACCUAAUAACAACAUUGAUGUUAGUAUUGCUAGUAUUGAAACAUGCACUCAUUCGUAUAAUACAACAUGUAGCAGAAAUUUUAUUUGCGAAUGUAUUGCUGAAGUAUCGAAUGAAUUUAACAAUUCGUAUAAUGAUAAUAUAUCGAAAAAAGAAAAGAUUGAAUCUUCAAAUGAUGAAAUAAUUAUUAUUGAGGAUAAUGCUAAUUCUUUAGAAGUACAAAAUGGAAUAUCUCGGAACAAUUAUGAUACUAAAUUGAAAAUUAAGGAAAACGAACCGAAAUCUAUUAUAACAAAUUUUGAUUUAAUGUUCAUAAAUGACACUCCAAACAAUAAAAAUUGCAAAACAUGUUAUCAAAGUACUUUACCAAGACGGCGUUCCUUACCAGCAACAUUGAGUCAAUUGAGAACAAUUAACAAUUCAGCUUUAGGAAAAUUACCUAUACGCAGAGGGGAUAUUCCAGACAAUACAAUUGAAGAUUUAUAUAUAGACGAUGAAUUUGGUGAUAGUUUAAAUGUUAAUAUGGUUUUGCUACAUGAAAAUUUACCAAUUGACGAGGAUUUUUUAUCCGAAAUAUCAAAUCUAUAGACUACUAUAGAAUAAUUACCAAAUAAGCAAUGUUAUUUUAAUUAAGUUACUAAUAAUUUAUUACAUUUUACUUUAAAAAAAAAUAAGCAAUAUUACAUAAUUAUAAAGUUCCAAUUUAGUUGGAAUACAAUACAGAUAAAUAAAUAUUACACGUACCUUAUAUUCAUUUUUGAAAAAUAUUCAUAUAUUUUGCACUUUGACGUGUAUCAAAAAAAACAUGACUGUAUAUUUUUAUGUUAGAUAAGAUAUAUGAUCAAUUAUAAAAUUCGAAUAAAAACAGUAUAAUAUUUUUUGUGCAAAAGAAGUGUAAAUAAUAAAGUACACCAUUUAUACAAAACUUA